AUGGCCUCCAAGUGGAACGAGCCCGCCCGUGACGCCCUUGACACCCUGGUCCACGGCGCAGCGGACUUGAAAUCCUUGGCGGACGUGCAACAGAUUGACUACAUGCCUUUUGACCCCACCAUCAAGCGCACGGAGGGGACCAUCCGAUUGCCCAGCGGCGAGACCUUCAAGGUCAGCAAGGGUGCCCCGCAUAUUAUCAUGGGCUUGUUGGAUCAGACCGCCCAGGCGAGCGUAAUCGAGCAAUGCGAAAAAGACGUGGAAGGGUUGGGAGAGCGUGGCAUUCGUUCUUUGGCCGUGGCCAAGACCAAGGGCAGCGCGGACGGCCCUUGGGAACUGAUUGGGCUCUUGACUUUCUUGGACCCCCCCCGCCCCGACACCAAAGACACGAUCGACCGGGCGCGAGACUUUGGCGUGGAGGUGAAAAUGAUCACAGGCGACCACCUCUUGAUCGCCAAGGAAACCGCGCGUCAGUUGGGGAUGGGCACGCACAUCGAGAACGCUGGGAAAUUGCCCAAGCUGGGCGAAGACCGAAAAGCGCCCGCGAAUCUGAUGGAUUUCUUUUCCUACGUAGAGGAGACGUCUGGUUUUGCCCAGGUUUUCCCCGAGCACAAAUUUUUGAUCGUCGAGGUUCUCCGCCGCGGCGGGGUGCUACGGAUGCCGCCCGUGCUGCCGCAGACAUCGUCUUGA